GUGGUGUAUUGGGUGCAAUAAUUCCAAUAGCUCUAAACUGGAACUCCGACGCAGGUUCCGUAAAUGAUGGGACUUACAUUGGAUUUAUGGUUCUCAUGGGAUCUGGAGUUUUGUUGGCUUUAGUCCUGCUUCCACCAAGCAAAGUAUACCACGACAAUGGGCAACAUAUCAUUAUACAAAAAUAUCCAAAAUGGAAAACUGAAUUAAUUGAAGUUUUUAAACUGUUUCUUAAUUGGAAAAUUCUUCUUCUCACGCCAAUGUUUGUUGCAAGCAAUUGGUUUUACGCAUAUCAGUUUAACGACAUAAAUGCUUUCUAUUUCAACAUUCGCACACGAGCUUUCAACAAUCUGUGGUACUGGGCCGCACAAAUUAUUGGAGCUGCUGCCUUUGGUAAAUUUCUUGAUAUGCAAUCGCUCGGGAGAAAGAUGCGCGGACUUCUAGGAUUGUUGAUCCUGGCAAUCGCGAUAACGGCAGUAUGGGGUGGUGGUCUGGCUUUCCAAUUAACUUAUAAACGUGGGGAUACCAUCACUCAGAUGGAUCUGUACGAUCAUGGAUAUGCACAAAGAUUAAUACUAUACAUUCUUUAUGGAGCGAAUGAUGCAAUGUACCAAGUUUAUGCAUAUUGGAUCAUGGGAGCUCUUACUAAUGAUGCAGCUAUAUUAGCAAGAUAUGCAGGGUAUUAUAAGGCCGUUCAAUCAGCAGGAGCGGCCGUGAUAGUGGUAGGAAUAAAAGAAUCAAACUACGAGGAAAAUGAAAAGAAUGAUAGCAAUAAAAUUAGGGAUGCCGAAAAUAGUGGAGAUACAACCGGUACAAAGAAUGUUGAUCAAGAAGUCUCGAAUGUUGCAAGUGGCGAGAAUGAAACAAACAGGGGAUAG